AUUGAUCAAAAGCGCUCACUCAACAUCAGCAUUCAGCUCGCUGGUUUGAGAAUGCCUUUCGAUCGGAUUAAGGAUGCUUUACUCGCCAUGGAUGACGAAGUUUUGCAGUCUGAGCAACUUGAAGUCAUAUCUUCGACCGUGCCGACGUCAAAAGAGAUCACACUCAUAAUGGAUUACAAGGGCGCAAAGGAAGAGUUGGCGACGGUCGAGCAAUAUUUCAUGCACGUCAUGCAAAUCCCACGACUCGAAGGUCGGGUAAACUCUCUGCUGUACAAAUCGCUCGCGUCAGACGCGUUGUUGAAGGUGACUAGUGAGUACAGAUUACUUUCCGAAGCGUCGGAUUGCUUGCGAGAAAGCACUCUUUUCGUAAAAGUCUUGAGGGGUGUUUUAGUUGUCGGCAAUCAUUUGAACACUGGCUCGUACCGUGGAUCUGCGUCUGGUUUUAGACUCGACAUGCUCCUUCGGCUGAAAGAUUUCAAAGCUGUGGAUAGAAAGACAUCUUUGUUGCACUUUGUUUACAAAGAACUGGUAAAGACAGAGCCUGGAAUCGGUAAUCUUUCCACCGAUCUCGCCGUCGUCAAGAAGGCGGCGGCGCUUUCAAUCGAAACGACAUCCGCGAAUUUGGGUAAGUUACAAGACGGUUUGACAAAAGUCAAGGAUGAAAUA